AUGGCGCAGAACCCCAACAACCUCGCGCAGUUCAAGUAUGCGGCCAUGUCCAACCUGGUCCUCCAGGCGGACCGUCGUUUUACAUCGCGCCGUCCAGAUGAGCACACGGGCGACCCAGAGUCGCUCGCCGGCCGCAUCAACAUCCGCGAUAUGGGAGGGCGGACAGCGCAGGACCGGGCACCCACACAGGCGAAGAAGCCCAAGGGGCUGGGGAUAGAGCGAGGGAGCAUCACAGACGGCGGCGACGUCCUCGAGCGCGAGCAGCGCAAGCGGAAGAGAGACGACGGGACGAGCGCUUUCGGCGCCACAGCAGCGGCAGACUUUAACAUCGAGGGCCUUCGAUACCGGCCACGAACGCCGGCGACGCGCAAUACAUUCGAGCUCAUCACGACUAUUGUGAGCAAGGCGCUUGGUGACGUGCCCGUAUCGACCACGAGAAGUGCCGCCGACGCGGUGCUCGAGUACCUCAAGGACGACACCAUGAAAGACUUCGACAAGAAGAAAGAGGUGGACGACCUGCUUGGCAGCUCCAUGGGCGCGAAAGAGUUCAAUGAGCUGGUCAACCUGAGCAAAAAGAUCACCGACUACGACGCGCAGGACGACGACGACGAGGGCGACGAGGCAAUGGCAGACGCUGAUGGCGCUGAAAAUGACGACAAUCAGGGUGUAGCUGUUGUUUUUGACGACGAAGAGGACGACGACGAGGCCCAGAACUUCGAAGUGCGCGACGCCGACACCUCCGACGAGGAAGACGAGCAGGAAUCCGCCGUCGAGCAGAUCGGGGCCGACCAGGAGAACGGCGACGGCGGCUUCGCAGACACAGAAGAGAUGAUCAUCCAGGGCGAUGUCGCUGCUUCGGCUGACCGUAAGGCCGGUGCAGACCAGCUGAUUCCCGCCCACGAGAUCGACGCGUACUGGCUGCAGCGGCAGAUCGGCGAAGUAUACGAAGACGCACACACGCAGCAGGAGAAGACGCGGGAUGCGCUGCACAUCCUUGCGGGCGUAGCGGAAGACGGCGAGGAGAAGGAGCUGCGCGAGAUUGAGAACGACCUCAUGGAGCUCUUCGACUACGAGCACCACGAACUGGUUGCGAAGCUCGUCCUUAACCGCGACCGCGUUGUCUGGGUGACGCGAUGGCGACGUGCUGCAGAAGACAACGACGAGCGCACGGCUGUUGAGCGGGAGAUGAGGGCUGCGGGCCAGCAACAGAUCCUGCAAGAGCUGCGUGCGCGAGAGACGGGUGUUAAGACAGAGGACGCAGGGCAGGGCAAGAUGAAGUUCAAUCUCAAGGACAUCAGCCUGCCGGACUCCAAGGACGUGGACAUGGAGGACGCUUCUAAGCCGGAUGGCAUUGUCGGCGGAUUGCAGCCUAACAGCCGUCUGGUGAACCUCGAGAACAUUGUCUUCGACCAGGGCAACCACCUCAUGACCAACCCCAGUGUGAAGCUGCCGCAGGGAUCGACACGAAGACAGUACAAGGGGUAUGAGGAGAUCCACGUCCCCGCACCAAAGGCGAAGCGCGACCCCAACGAGCGUCUGAUGCCUACCUCUGAGCUGCCAGACUGGGCGCGCGUGGGCUUCGGAAACUCCAAGUCGCUUAACCGCAUCCAGACUAAGUGCUUCCCAACGGCGUUCAACGACGACGGCAACAUGCUUAUUUGCGCCCCUACUGGUUCUGGUAAGACGAAUGUAGCCAUGUUAACCAUGCUCCGCGAGAUCGGCAAGCAUCGCAACCCGCAGACAGGCGAGAUUGCGCUUGACGACUUCAAGAUCAUCUACAUUGCCCCCCUCAAAGCUCUGGUCGCUGAGCAGGUCGGCAACUUUGGCAAGCGUCUGGAGCCGUACGGCAUCAAGGUCUCCGAGCUUACUGGUGAUCGUCAGUUGACGAAGCAGCAAAUCGCCGAGACUCAGAUCAUUGUCACGACGCCUGAAAAGUACGAUGUCAUCACACGCAAAGCCACCGACACUAGCUACAUUAACCUCGUCAAGCUUAUCUGUAUUGACGAGAUCCACUUGCUGCACGAUGAGCGUGGCCCGGUUAUUGAGAGCAUUGUCAGUAGGACUCUCCGCCGUAGCGAGCAGACUGGCGACAACGUUCGCAUUGUCGGUCUCAGUGCCACCCUCCCCAACUACCGAGACGUCGCCAGCUUCCUCCGCGUGGAUGCCGACAAGGGCCUUUUCCACUUUGACGGCACCUUCCGACCGUGUCCGUUGAAGCAGGAGUUUAUUGGUGUCACCGACAAGAAGGCCAUCAAGCAGCUCAAAGCUAUGAACGACGUCUGCUACACAAAGGUGUUGGAGCAGGUUGGAGAACACCGCAACCAGAUGCUGAUCUUUGUCCACUCGCGAAAGGAGACGGCCAAGACUGCAAAGCACAUCCGCGACAAGGCGCUGGAAGAAGAAACAAUAGGCAAGAUUCUGCGAUCAGACGCAGCCAGCCGGGAGAUUCUGCGAGAAGAGUCGGAGUCUGUGCAAAAUGCUGACCUUAAGGACCUCAUGCCGUAUGGCUUUGGCAUUCACCACGCUGGAAUGUCGCGAGCAGACCGUUCGACAGUUGAAGAUUUGUUCGCAGACGGCUCCAUCCAGGUCCUUGUCUGCACUGCAACGCUGGCCUGGGGUGUCAACCUGCCAGCUCACACUGUCAUCAUCAAGGGCACACAGGUAUACUCGCCCGAGAAGGGCAGCUGGGUAGAACUCAGCCCCCAGGACGUGUUGCAGAUGCUUGGCCGUGCCGGUCGACCCCAGUACGAUACCUACGGAGAGGGUAUUAUCAUCACAACGCAGGCCGAGAUCCAGUACUACCUAUCCCUGCUGAACCAGCAGCUGCCGAUUGAGUCGCAGCUUGUCAGCAAACUGGUCGACAACCUCAACGCUGAGAUCGUCCUCGGCAACGUCCGCAACCGCGACGAAGGCGUGGACUGGCUUGGGUACAGCUACCUCUUCGUUCGUAUGCUGCGCUCGCCCGGCCUCUACCGCGUUGGGCCCGAGUACGAGAAUGAUACAGUCCUAGAGCAGAGGCGAGUCGAUCUCAUCCACGCUGCAGCACACAUCUUGGAGAAGUGCAGCCUGAUCAAGUACGACAGGAAGACGGGCGCACUGCAGGCGACCGAGCUGGGAAGGAUUGCGUCGCACUACUACAUAUCCCACAACUCGAUGAUGACGUACAACCAGCACAUCCAGCCCGGCAUCACCGCCAUCGAGCUCUUCCGCGUGUUUGCCCUGAGCGAAGAGUUCAAAUACAUCCCCGUUCGCCAGGACGAGAAGCUCGAGCUCGCCAAGCUCCUCGGCCGCGUGCCCAUCCCCGUCAAGGAGGGUGUUGAGGAAGCGCAGGCGAAGAUCAACGUGCUCCUCCAAGCCUACAUCUCGCGCCUCAAGCUCGAGGGUCUGGCGCUCAUGGCCGAUCUAGUCUACGUCACACAAUCUGCAGGCCGUAUCCUGCGCGCCAUCUUCGAGAUCUGUCUCAAGAAAGGCUGGUCGCAGGUAGCCAAGCUGGCUCUCGACAUGUGCAAGAUGGCUGAGAAGCGCAUGUGGCCUACCAUGACGCCCCUGCGACAGUUCCCCACUUGCCCACGGGACAUCGUGCAGAAGGCGGAGCGGAUUGAUGUCACCUGGCCGAGCUACUUCGGUCUUGACCCCCCUAGCAUGGGCGAGCUUCUGGGCAUGCCCAAGGCCGGCAAGACCGUGUGCCAGCUUGUCGAGAAGUUCCCGCGGCUUGAGAUUGAAGCCACACCACGACCGGUGACCAGGUCUCUGCUCAAGCUGGAGCUUGCCAUCAGGCCGGACUUUGUCUGGGACGAUGCCCUCCACGGUGCUUCCGAGGCGUUCUGGAUUCUCGUCGAAGAUUGCGACGGCGAGCAGAUUCUGUUCCACGACCAGUUCAUCCUCCGCAAGGACUACUCCCACGGCGAGAUGAACGAGCAUCUGGUCGAGCUGACCGUCCCAAUCGACGAGCCCAUGCCGCCCAACUACUUCAUCACAGUACUGUCGGACCGCUGGAUGGCCUCGGAGACCAAGCUCGCCGUCUCCUUCCAGAAGCUUAUCCUGCCGGCCAAGUUCCCCGCGCACACACCGACGCUCGAUCUCCAGCCGCUGCCUGUCUCAGCGCUGAAGAGGAAGGAGUACAUGGCGCUGUACGAAGACGUCAACCGCUUCAACCGCGUCCAAACUCAAGUCUUUAACUCGCUCUACACCACCGACGACAAUGUGCUUGUUGGAGCCUCGGCAGGCAUUGGCAAGACGUUCUGUGCUGAGUUUGCCAUACUACGCCACUGGGCCAGCGACGCUGAGAGCCGCAUCGUCUACCUGGCGCCCUUCCAGGAGCUCGUCGACAGCCAGUACAAGAACUGGAACGCGCGUUUGUCUGGUCUUAGUGGGGGCAAAGAUGUCGUCAAGCUCACUGGCGAGACUACCGCAGACCUGCGACUUCUUGAAAAAGGCGACCUCAUCCUGGCCACCCCCUCGCAGUGGGACUCAAUCUCGCGGCAGUGGCAGCGAAGGAAGAAUGUCCAGAGCGUGGCGCUCCUCAUCGCGGACGAACUGCACAUGCUGGGCGGCUCAAACGGACAUGUCUACGAGAUUGUAGUCUCCCGCAUGCAGGCCAUGGCCGCUCAGCUUGAGUCGAAGCUGCGCAUCGUCGGCCUCAGCGUGUCUUUGUCCAACGCACGCGACAUUGGAGAGUGGAUCGGCGCCACCAAGCACACCAUCUACAACUUCAGUCCUGGCGUCCGCGCGGUGCCGCUUGAGCUGAAGAUCCAGACCUUUACCAUUCCCCACUUUCCCUCGCUCAUGAUGGCUAUGGCGCGGCCGACGUACACUGCUAUCACGCAGAUGUCUCCCGACAAGCCCGCGAUGGUCUUCACGCCCAACCGCAAGCAGACCCGCUCGUCGGCAGCUGAUCUCUAUGCUGCCGCCGUUGCCGACAACGACGAUGACCGCUUCCUCAACGCGCCGCUUGAAGACAUCCAGCCGAUCCUCGAGAAAAUCAACGAGCAGUCGCUCGCUGAGUCGUUAACCCACGGCAUCGGCUACUUCCACGAGGCGCUCAACUCGUUCGACAAGAAGGCCGUGCAGCAUCUGUUCAAGGUCGGCGCUAUCCAGGUCCUGAUCGUGUCCCGCAACUCGUGCUGGGAGAUUGACAGCAGUGCCCAUCUCGUCGUUGUCCAGGGCACCCAGUUCUUCGAGGGCCGCGAGCACCGCUAUGUCGACUACCCCAUCAGCGAGAUCCUGCAGAUGUUCGGCAAGGCUGGCAGGGUCGGCCAGGACAAGUCGGCCAAGGGCGUGCUUAUGCUGCCCGCCGUUAAGCGCGACUACUUCAAGAAGUUCCUCAACGAGGCGCUGCCGAUCGAGAGCCACCUGCACGACUACCUGCACGACGCGUUCGUUGCUGAGAUUAGUGCAAAGACGAUCGAGUCUACGCAAGAGGCCGUCGACUGGUCCACAUACACCUACUUCUACCGCCGUCUGCUGGCCAAUCCCAGCUACUACAACCUCCACGACACCUCGCACGAGGGUUUGAGCGCCCACCUGUCGGAGCUUGUCGAGCAAACGCUGAAGGAGCUCGCCGAGGCCAACCUCCUCGAGCACGACGAGGACGAGGACGCCAUCACGCCGCUCAACCCUUGCAUGAUCGCGGCGUACUAUAACAUCUCCUUCAUCACGAUGCAGACGCUCAUGAUGUCGCUCAAUGGCCGCACGAGCCUGAAGGGCGUCCUCGAGAUCAUCACCGCUGCCACCGAGUUCGAAGACAUCCAGAUCCGUCGCCAUGAGGACCACAUCUUGCAGCGCAUCUACGACCGCGUGCCCUACAAGAUGCAAGAGCCUAACUUCGAGACGCCGCACUUCAAGGCCUUUGUGCUGCUGCAAGCCCACUUCUCGCGCAUGCAGCUGCCCAUCGAUCUCGCGAAGGAUCAGGAGACGGUCAUCCGGAAGGUCCUUACCAUCCUCAGCGCGUCCGUCGAUGUCCUGUCGUCCGAGGCCCACCUCAAUGCAAUGUCCGCCAUGGAGCUCUCGCAGAUGGUCGUCCAGGCCAUGUGGCAGAAGGACAGCCCGCUCAAGCAGAUCCCGCAUUUCGACACCGACACCAUCAAGGCGGCCGCCAAGUUCGGCAUCAACGACGUCGACGACUUUAUCAACGCCAUGGACGAGGACGAGAAUCCCGACUACAAGCAGCUCAUCGCCGCGCUCGACGUUGACCAGCGCCAGCUCGCGGAUGUGGCCAACUUCACAAACAACUACUACCCCAACAUCGAGCUCGAGCACGAGCUCGUCGACCCGGAGGACAUUGCUUCCAACAGCCCCGCCCAGCUCCGCGUGCGCAUCACGCGCAACAUCGACGACGACGACGAGCUCAAGGCCGACGUCCACGCGCCCUUCUACCCGAGCGAGAAGAGCGAGAGCUGGUGGCUCGUUGUCGGCGACCAGAAGGAGCACACGCUGCUGGCCAUCAAGAAGGUCACAGUACCACGCAAGCUGGAGACGAUGCUGGAAUUUACGCUCGAGAAGCCCGGUGCGCACGAGCUGACGCUGUACCUUGUGUCCGACUCGUAUCUUGGCGUGGACCAGGCGCCCACCUUCACCGUCGAGGCCGCCGAGGGCAUGGAGGAGGAUAGCGAAGAGGAGGAAGAGUAG